UGUAUACUUUGUUGAGAUAAUAAUAUUAGUAGCGGUAGUUUGAGGAUUUAUAAAUUAAUAUAAAAAUUACAGUAACAUUUCGUGAUAACUUUGUACUUAUCGGCCUAUUCCAUAGAUUUGAACUUUGUAAUGAAAUUCAAUAACCUACAGAAUGGAUGUAACGUGUGAUAUUUUUUCAAAAAGACUUAUUAUAUCUGUUUUGUGGAAUAUAGGACUGCAAGCUGUUAUUGCUGUUAUGUUGGUGGGUUUCAUACAAAUUGAUAUUCUUCAUCCCGUAUCCUGGAUAUCGUCAUCUAUAAAUGAUGUAUUUGGCUGGAAAAUGAGCAUAAAUAUCGUAUUGCUUGGACUCGUGUCUUUUUUUCAGGCUUAUAUUUACGGCUGCUAUUACGUAAAGCCACUACCAAAGUAUUUUACCAGGUUUUCUAUGUUCCUGAGUUUAUUUUGCGCUCAAAAUAUUAUAUUUAGCAUUCUGUACGCCCUGAGUGGCUAUUUCACUAUGAGUCUCUAUUCUUCAUUGGCAAAAAGUAAUUUUAAUACAUUAAAGAAAAUAUGUGAGAAUUAUGAUGGACAAUGUCUCUUAGAACAAAGCUUAUUCCUACAAAUGGGUGGCAUGUGGAUGGGCUUGUAUUAUUUUCUUAACGCUCAUAUAUUCAGCCCCACAACCCUGACAUUUCCACAUAUUUAUCAAGACAAGUUUCAACAGAUUAAAUUAGCCAUCCACAGUAUUUUGUCAUGUGGUUUUAAAAGCUCUAUUAUUCCUGUGGUUUAUUAUUGCAUUUUUUAUUACUUUUGGGGCCAUAAACCAAGAAAUGUAGUCAGCGAUGUUUAUGGUUUGUACUUGGAAGAUAAACCUCUUGAUAAUAUAUUAAACUUGUUUGGAUCUGGUAUAUGGAUUGGACUUUGGUUUUACACCAGCUUAUUUUUGAUAUCUGUGUAUGCCAUGAGAACUGUUUUCAAUAUAGUAUUAACGGAGCCAAUGAAGUUUCCAAUAGAGUCUAGUAAAAAAUUAACUUUGCACAAGGCAAUUGCUCAGAAAUCACAAUUUAAUGGGUAUUUAGGGACACAAGAUCUGAAAAUUAUGUCUCUGACUGACACUGUGAGAAGGAAAGAGAUUUUCACACUAUCACAACCAGGAGGACACCCUCGAAAUUGGAAUAACCUGCUACAAGAAUGUUUGAAGAUUGUAAAUGAUUUUAGCAAAGAAUUGGAUAGCAUAAAUGGUGAUAUGAAACCAGUUGAAAUAGAAAUGUUGCCAAAAAGACCAGGAUCAAGCAUCACACCAAAGUCUACAUUGUAUACGGGAAACUUGAGAAAUAUGGCAUAUUCUCCACAAUUACAUGAAUUGAAAGAACACAAUAAAAAUAAAAGUGAACAUACUCUCAUCAGUGCUAUAAAAGAGGAGUUUAAUAUUCUAGUACAAAGAAUUCGCCAAAAACCAGGCAUUAGUUAUUUAUUUGGGGAGCUGACUGAUACAAGAUUAAAGUUCUUAUUGAUGCAAGCACAGCCAGUGAUGUGGACUUGUGAGGGACUUGCUUUUAUUGCAGCUGCAUCACUGAAAGAAGACAAAUAUGGUGUUGUGCAAACUGAUUUGCCAAUUGUAAUAUCAACUUUAAUAAAUUUAAAACAAAACUUAGAUAAAUUAACAAAACCUGGUCUUGUCCCAAGGAAACACAUCUUGAAUGAUUCUUUUGCUUUAAAAAUGAAAUCAGCUUUGUUAUCUUCAGUAAAAUUAAGCAUUUAUAAGAUAGUGAUAACUUUUUCGAAGUAUAUACAUGAAAUUCCAUUAGAUCCUGAUGUGCAAAUAGCAAUACAACCUUUUUUAAUAUGUAAAGAAGCUUGAUAUUGUACAGAGUUUUUAUACUUAUCUCUUUAUUAAUUUAACAAUU